AUGAGCAGGCCUAUUUUUAAGGUGCAUAAGGGAGACCGUAUUACUUUCCAGCAGCGACUUCAAGACGGAUAUGUCUGUCUGGACCAAUUUAUCCCUUUGUUGACCAACUUAUCAAGUUUCAAUUUCCAUCGCGAUGACCCAUUGGUUGAGAAUCUCGAUGAUAUGGUCACUUCUCAAUUCAAUAUACUUAUAGACACUGAUAGGUCUGGCACCCGAUGGAUCACUUUACAAAAAGCACAUGAGUUAUGGGAUUUGCUGCAAAUUAAAGAUGAUUCUGGUUCGGAAAAUUUGACGGACCAUGACGAUGAUAAUGAAGCUAAUCACAAUGGCGUUGAAGACGAUGGUCAGAAGACUCCUGAGAAUAAUGGUAGAAAGACGGACAACCACACAAUGGAGAAUGGUGGUACUGAAAAUACAAAUAACGGAAACAACAGCUCGAAUAAAAAUGAUGGGAAUGUUACUGCCGAAGGAAGUAAUUUCAGGCCUGCAACAAUUACAAAUGGAACCACUUCUAGAAUCAGUGGUGGUGAGCCAGACACUGUUAAACAUGAGCUUCUAGAUCUUCCCGAUUCUCCUACGAAGAGGCAUCAAACCAAAUCUGUUUCAAAGAUCCCGGUUUUCCAACAUGAUUUACCUACGGUCUCUACGUUACAGAAAACUCUGCCUCCAGUUAGUAAUUACUCAAAUGAUGAACGUGCGAAGUUAGAGACCUUACUUCAGCGUAUUCUUUUCCCCGAAACUACGAAUUUGAACGUUGCAGAAGGUUACCCAUCGGUCAGCUUAACCCAGCAGGUACAAGAACUGGACACACAAUUCCCAAACGUUCCACUAAAUUUUAACAUCCCAAUUGAUGAACAUGGAAACACUUCCUUGCAUUGGCUGUGUUCCAUAGCCAAUCUAGACCUUCUCAAACAGCUCAUUGUCUUUGGCAGUGAUAGAAGAAUCGGCGAUAAGUCCGGUGAAUCAGUGCUUGUAAAAUCUGUGAAGUCGGUAAACAAUUACGAUUCUGGUACAUUCGAGAUACUGUUGGACUACUUGUACCCUUGUAUCGUAAUGGUUGAUGACAUGGAUAGAACCGUUCUUCAUCAUAUUGUGAUUACUUCUGGUAUGCCUGGUUGUAAUGCAGCGGCUAAGUAUUACCUCGAUAUUUUGAUGGGUUGGAUAGUUAAAAAGCAAAGCAGAACUAAAGAAUCGCAUUGCGUGCUACUAGAAGAUAUCGAUCUUCAAUGGGUUAUCACUCAUUUACUCAAUGCUAGAGAUUCUAAUGGUGAUACCUGUUUAAAUAUUGCCGCCAGGCUUGGAAACGUUGCCAUUGUCGAAGCAUUGUUGGAUUAUGGUGCUGAUCCUAAUAUUGCAAACAAUUCCGGAUUGUGCCCUGUGGAUUUUGGUGCAGGUACUCAACCCCGUUUUCAAUCGAAUACAAAAAAUCUUAUGGCCACACCUACCAAAACUCAUGAAACUUCGUUGGAUCCGAUGGCUGAGUCUACAUCGUUAAUCACAAAUAUAAAAUCACUCCUCUCAAAAAUAUCGAAUGAUUAUGGUGAUGAAAUUAAACAACAUAAUGGGAAGAUGAAGGAGCUCCUCGAUACACUCAACAUAAAGAGAGAAGCGUUGGCUAAUGCACGGGAUAGAUUGGCUAAGGCAAAGCAAAUCCAAGAUGAAUAUAAUCUGUUGUCCGACAGACUGAACAAUGUGGAAAACACUAUCGCUGAAGAAGAUCAAAAUUUCCAACUUGCUUCUAGAGAAUUAGGACUAUCACUGGAUGAUGUCCAAGAAGAAGGUCUGAACUCAGCCGAUAUUGCAUUCGAUGCUGAUGAGCCUUUCAGAAUCUCUUACGUUUACACAAAGUUUGAGGAAAAGAUCAAAGACGAAUAUAACAAUGAUUUUGAACUAUUCCUCAAACAUUGCAAUUUAUCACAACUUGUUCAUGAAAUAUACGAUAACUUCCCUUCCAGAGCAGAAAUCCCACAUCCCAAAAUUCUUAAAGCAAGAAUCAAAGCGUACAAUAGAAACGAAUUGCAUUUAGACUCAACUUUACAGACUAUCAAAGACAAGCAGAAGAAUUUAGAAUCUAAAUUCAGAAAAGUCUUGUCUCUCUGCUUGAAGAUAGAUGAAGAGAAGGUUGACUCAAUGCUUGACGGUCUUUUGCAAGCUAUAUCUAAUGAAGAUCCUGAAGAUAUAGAUACAGACGAGGUGAACAACUUUUUAGAGAGUGCCGCCGAAUAA